CUUCCCUGUGGUGUUUUGAACUGCCUUCCUACAGACGUCAUACAGCCCUUGAGGAAUAGUUUCUGCCUGGCGAGAUUGAAUGAUAGUUCUCAUUCACAAAGGCUUGGAGUCAGAUUUAAAGCAGGGGACGCAACGGAAAUUACAUUCACAGGUAAAACAGUGGACCCAGUGAAGUGUGGAGAGCUUUGUUCGCUCGCUGACUUCUUGGCUCCCCAGAGAAGAGUGUUUUCCUGUGGUCUCCCUGAAAUGGAACUUCCCUGACAGCUCUCCGGUGUUACGGUACUUCGCGGUCAUUUUCUUUUCCUUUCACUCUACCUGAGUACUUUUAGAGUGUUGGAAACCUUUCAACCUGUUAUUAUGGAUUUGCAAAAAAGGCAAGAUCAAGUGACUCUUUCACUGUGUUGGUUUCCCUUGUGACCAGAUGAAGAAUAGAUUUAAAAUUCAGUUCCUCCCUUGGCAAUGCAAACAGAAAAAAAAAAAAAAAAACAACUGUCACUUCCGAACUGCCUAGUGCUGGAGUAAAUUCAGUAUGAAAGAGGAAAGAACUCCUGCGUCUUAGAAGCACCCCUGUGUUCUGGAUGAGGGGCAGGAGUUGACUCUGGGAACUUUGGAUUUCUUCAAGCACCCUCUCUCGGAAUAGGAAUACAUUUAAAACCAUUUUUCGUGGAAAGACAGCAGAAAUGUAUUAAUCAGAAGACUUUUCUCUCUUUUUCUUCCUUUUUUUUUUUUUUUUUUUUUCCAAAAUGAGUAUUAUUAUGAAGCCAAGAUCCCGGUCUACAAGUUCCCUGAGGACUACAGAGGCAGUUUGUUUUGAUGUGGACAAUGGCACAUCUGCGGGACGGAGUCCCUUGGAUCCCAUGACCAGCCCAGGAUCUGGGCUAAUUCUCCAAGCAAACUUCGUCCACAGUCAACGUCGGGAGUCCUUCCUUUAUCGAUCUGACAGCGAUUAUGACCUCUCUCCAAAGUCUAUGUCCCGGAACUCCUCCAUUGCCAGUGAUAUACAUGGAGAUGACUUGAUUGUGACUCCAUUUGCUCAGGUCUUGGCCAGCCUGCGAACUGUACGAAACAACUUUGCUGCAUUAACUAAUUUGCAAGAUCGAGCACCUAGCAAAAGAUCACCCAUGUGCAACCAACCGUCAAUUAACAAAGCCACUAUAACAGAGGAGGCCUACCAGAAACUGGCCAGCGAGACCCUGGAGGAGCUGGACUGGUGUCUGGACCAGCUAGAGACCCUGCAGACCAGGCACUCCGUCAGUGAGAUGGCCUCUAACAAGUUUAAAAGGAUGCUUAAUCGAGAGCUCACCCAUCUUUCUGAAAUGAGUCGGUCUGGAAAUCAAGUGUCAGAGUAUAUAUCAAACACAUUCUUAGAUAAGCAACAUGAAGUGGAAAUUCCUUCUCCAACUCAGAAGGAAAAGGAAAAAAAGAAAAGACCAAUGUCUCAGAUCAGUGGAGUCAAGAAGUUGAUGCACAGCUCUAGUUUGACUAAUUCAAGCAUCCCGAGGUUUGGGGUUAAAACUGAACAAGAAGACGUCCUUGCCAAGGAACUAGAAGAGGUGAACAAAUGGGGUCUUCAUGUUUUCAGAAUAGCUGAGUUGUCUGGUAACCGGCCUUUGACUGUUAUCAUGCACACUAUCUUUCAGGAACGAGAUUUAUUGAAAACAUUUAAAAUUCCAGUAGACACUUUAAUUACAUACCUUAUGACCCUGGAAGACCAUUAUCAUGCUGACGUGGCCUAUCACAACAAUAUUCAUGCUGCAGAUGUUGUCCAAUCGACACAUGUGUUGUUAUCUACACCUGCUUUGGAGGCUGUGUUUACAGAUUUGGAAAUUCUUGCAGCAAUUUUUGCCAGUGCAAUACAUGAUGUAGAUCAUCCUGGUGUGUCAAAUCAGUUUCUGAUCAAUACAAACUCUGAACUUGCCUUGAUGUACAACGAUUCUUCUGUCUUGGAGAACCAUCAUUUGGCCGUGGGCUUUAAGUUGCUUCAGGAAGAAAACUGUGACAUUUUUCAGAAUUUGACCAAAAAGCAAAGACAGUCAUUAAGGAAAAUGGUCAUUGACAUCGUACUUGCAACAGACAUGUCAAAACACAUGAAUCUACUGGCUGAUUUGAAAACUAUGGUUGAAACUAAGAAAGUGACAAGUUCUGGAGUUCUUCUUCUUGAUAAUUAUUCUGAUAGGAUUCAGGUCCUCCAGAAUAUGGUGCAUUGUGCAGACCUGAGCAACCCAACAAAGCCUCUCCAGCUGUACCGCCAGUGGACAGACCGCAUAAUGGAGGAGUUCUUCCGCCAAGGAGACCGCGAGAGGGAACGGGGCAUGGAGAUAAGCCCCAUGUGUGACAAGCACAAUGCAUCUGUGGAAAAAUCACAGGUGGGCUUCAUAGACUAUAUUGUUCAUCCUCUCUGGGAGACAUGGGCAGACCUUGUACAUCCCGAUGCCCAGGACAUUUUGGACACUUUGGAGGACAAUCGUGAAUGGUACCAGAGCACAAUUCCUCAGAGCCCCUCCCCAGCACCUGAUGACCAGGAGGAGGGCCGACAGGGUCAAACCGAGAAGUUCCAGUUUGAAUUAACUUUAGAAGAAGAUGGUGAGUCAGACACCGAAAAGGACAGUGGAAGUCAGGUGGAAGAAGACACUAGUUGCAGCGACUCAAAGACUCUUUGUACUCAAGACUCAGAGUCUACUGAGAUUCCACUUGAUGACCAGGUCGAAGAAGAGGCAGUAGGGGAAGAGGAAAGCCAGCCCGAAGCCUGUGUAAUAGAUGAUUGUUCUCCUGACACGUAACAGUGCAAAAGACUUUCACGCCUUUUAUUUUUUAAGUAGAAAAAUUGUUUCCAAAGUGCAUGUCACAUGCCACAACCAUGGUCACACCUCACUGUCAUCUGCCAGGACGUUUGUUGAACAAAACUGACCUUGACUACUCAGUCUGGCGCUCAGGAAUAUUGUAACCAGUUUUUUCACCUCCAUGUCAUCAGAACAAGGGGGACAUCUUCACGAACAGCAUUUUAACAAGAUUUCAGCUUGGUGGAGCUGACAAAGCAGAGAAAAUCAACUCCAAAGUGUUUCAAGAAAGUGUGGCUCAUCAAGGCAGCCCAAAAGUUGGUAUGAUUUGGGGUUUCUUUCGUUUUAGCUGUUUGCAAUAUUUUCAGCAGAAAGAAGGCAUUACACAGAGUGAACUAAUGGAUGAAACAACAAAUGGGUCAAGAACAAGAAACGGCAUGAAUCUGUUACCAGGAGGAAGAUGAGCCACAGAAAUUGCAUAAUUUUCUAAUUUCAAGUCUUCCUGAUACAUGACUGAAUAGUGUGGUUCAGUGAGCUACACUGGCCUCUACAUUUUGUAUGAUAUGUAAAACAGAUUUUUUGUAGAGCUUACUUUUAUUAUUAAAUGUAUCGAGGUAUUAUAUUUAAAAAACUAUGUUCAGAACUUCAUCUGCCACUGGUUUUUUUCUAAGGAGUAACUUGCAAGUUUUCAGUACAAAUCUGUGCUACACUGGAUAAAUCUAAUUUACGAAUUUUACUUGCACCUUAUAGUUCACAGCAAUUAACUGAUUUGUAGUGAUUCAUUGUUUUAUAUACCAAUGACUUCCAUAUUUUAAAACAAAAACUAAUUUUAUGUUGCAGGAAACUCUUUUUGUAGGUCUUCUUUUACUUUGCGUUUUGUUUCACUCUUUUCAGAAAAGCAGAGUUGCUCUCCACUGACAUUUUUCUUCAUGGUGUGCAAAGUGAAUAUUUGUUCAGUAAUACUUUGAUGUGCAUUCUGUCUAAUGUGUCUUAAGCCUCAUGGACACUCAACAAUCAGCUGGUGUCGUCUGAAGCAAGUGAGAGAUAUAUAAAUACCCAGUAGCUAAAAUGGUCAGUCUUUUUUAGAUAUUUUCCUACUUAGUGUCUUCUGAUAACUUUUUGCUAUGUCAAUAGACCCUCAUUUCACAAGUGCAUGUCUUUGUAAUAACCCACACGUGUCAUGCUCAUUUUUAUUAUUUCCAUGGUCAGUUAUAGUAAGAAAAACUUUUUCCCUUGUGCUGCUUUAUUAUUUAGCGUGUGUUUGAACCUCUGUCCACAUUCACUAGAUAAGGUCUUGUCAAACAUAUCAUCACCAUUUUGAUUGAUGAAAAGAAACAGGUAGUCAGGUUAGAGUUAGCAUUUAUUUCUACAGCAAAGUCAUAUAUAAUGACUAGCUUUUACUCUUGAUUUACAGAAAAAAAUUAACAGCUAGGUAGGCAUUUUUAACAAUAUUAGAAUAUAUUAACCAACACCAGUACAACUGAUGCUCAUUGGUUUCUAUGAUUUCACCAUGGAUUAAGAACUAUAUGAAGAAUAUUCUUGAGAAGUGAUUUCAAGUGUAGCAACUACCCUUCCUUAAGGCGAAACAUAUAGGAAUUGCUUUAUCAGUUAUCAUUGGUUCAUAAGCAUUUCUUAUAGAAGAGAACUUUAAAUAAAUACACUGAGGGGAAGAAGUUGAUGAUGCCACUGGCACGAGAGGUUUGGUAAUACAGUGCCAUGCUAAAAUGGUGGAGAAAAAAAUAGAGAUCACUCUUGGCUGGAUUUAGCACCGAGAACUAUAUUAAAAUUUUAGAGAUUAAUUCCUGGUAUUUACCUUCAAUUGGCAUGUUGGGGGCAUUUGUUUAGUUUGGACUUUCUUCCCAUUUCAGCUCUUAAUAAAGUGUUUACCUCCUCUAUGAAGAGUUUGGAGCCCAAAUAAUCAUUUUUCAUAUUGAUAUCCAAGAAUUGACACAAAGACUAAAAGGGGUAUCUGACUAAAUGGAAAAUAAAUAAAACAGUUAAGAAAAAGUGUAGCCCUGAAAAAGAGUUAUAUUUAGGAUGUCACAGGGAGUUCUCUGGGGACUAGUAACUAAGUCACCAGCCAGAGAAAUGACCCAAGCUGAAGAUAAUUUCUAUUUUAAUGCCCUGAUAUCCACUGAUGCUUAGAACCUUUGAUAGGAAAGUGAUGUAGCUCUGAUCUUUUGCACAGAGCAGAAUAGGAAUUAACUAAUUAAUUACCAGAUUUCCAUCUUCCUCACCUGUAAAAGUCAGAGAAAGAUAACUGUCUUUCAAAUAUAGUUCUAUGUAUGGGCAAGCGGUUUCACAAGAACACUUGGAAUCUCGUUUCUGUUUUAAUUUUAUUUAUCCCUAAUGGAGGUCUAGAAGAAAAGGCAAUCAAGGUUUAUUCCUUUCCAAAAUAUUCUCAUUCCCACUUUUCCCUAAUACUUGGUAUUUCCCUCACAGAGUGCCUAGAAUCUUAAUAAUGACGAAAAAAUUUUUUAAGCAGCAAUACGUCACAAAUCCAGACCUGAAAGGGUUUAUAACUGCACUAAAAAAGAGAGGCUGUUUUUUUUUCAAUCUGUUGGUUUCGAAUGGUUCACAUAUCGUAAAGCUACCCACCGAUGGACAAUCAAAUUGUAGAAAAUGCAUAAUAUGCAAGAGACAGGGACUAAUGCACUGUACAAUCUGUUUCUCCUCUCCCUUCUUUCACCUCUCUCUCUCCUUCUCUCUUGCCCAAGUGUGCUUCAGAAUUAUACACUGCUUUAAAACAUCCUUUUACAAGUGACUUUACGUUUCCUAAAAUGCCAUAAGAAAAUGCAAUAUCUGGGUACUGUAUGGGGAAAAAAAGUCCAAGUUUGCAUAAAACUAAUACAUUUCAGCUUGCAAGUUACUAAACAUAAUAAUGCUGUUUUAAUUUUAUUAUCUUUUAUGUCGCUUAAAAUUCACAAAAAAAUAAUGUAGAUAGAACAAAUUGCAGAUAAGGAAGAAAACUUGAAUGAAAUGGAUUUCACAGAAAGCUUUAUGAUAAUUUUUGAAUGCAUUAUUUAUUUUUUGUGCCAUGCAUUUUUUUCUCACCAAAUGACCUUACCUGUAAUACAGUCUUGUUUGUCUGUUUACAACCAUGUAUUUAUUGUAAUGUACAUACUGUAAUGUUAAUUGUAAAUUAUCAGUUCUUAUUAAAACAUCACCCCACGAUGGGAUGGUGUUGAUAUAUUUGGAAACUCUUGGUGAGAGAAUGAAUGGUGUGUAUACAUACUCCUUGUACAUUUUCUUUUCUCCUGUAAUAUAGUCUUGUCACCUUAGAGCUUGUUUAUGGAAGAUUCAAGAAAACUAUAAAAUACAUAAAGAUAUAUAAAUUUAAAAAACAUAGCUGCAGGUCUUUGGUCCCAGGGCUGUGCCUUAACUUUAACCAAUAUUUUCUUCUGUUUUGCUGCAUUUGAAAGUAAGGUAGUGGUGGGUCUAGGGCUGGGCAUUUUACAUCUGAGCUUCAAAUUGAUUGGUUUUCUGGCAAUAGCUAGAUUUUAAAAAACCACAGACAACCUCUGGAAGAUUCUGAGACCUUUUUGAAAUACAAGCUCUUAAGUACUUCUUGCCAUAUAGCAGCACUGCAUAUAUGAUGAUCGUUUUCCCCAUCUGUUGAUCAAGAGCUACUUGAGUUAGUUAUGUUUAUUUUCUACUUCCAACACCACUGGGAAAAUGUAGUCUUGUCCAGUGAUUAUAAAGAGUCUUUUUGGCUUCUAGAGCAUAUAAGCAAAUAACCUUGAUUUGAAACUAGCUCCAUAGAUCACAUGUGUUGGUUAGUCUUUUAUUCAUCAACUUCCUGUCAUGUUAAGAGAAUAUAUAAGGUGAAAAAGCUCAUUUUUUUAAUCCUGGACUUUUUCUUCAACUAAGAUCAAUCAAAACUUUUUUUGUAUGUUAAGUCCAUAUGUAGACACAAAGUUUUAUAUGAUGUCAAUUCACAUAGCAUAAAGGAGUCACCAUUCUCUAGAACUUGCUACUGCAAAACUUAUAUGGCUACAGAAUUUUAAAACUUAUAUUGCAAUAGAAUUUUAAAAUUUCUCAAUGGCCAGCUCCCGAAAGCUAUGAGAAAUUCCCAGUGAAUGUUGUGGAAACCUUCUUUCACUGUUGCCCGGCCCUCAGAAAACAUGAUUAAGUGGAAGGAGAGAUUCUUUUUCUAGGAAAAAUGAGCCUCCUAUUAUUUUGUUUUAUUUUUUCGACACAAACUGUAGAUUUUAGCAGCCCUGGCCCAAAGGAAUUUGAUUACUUUUGUUUUAAACAGUACAAAGGGGACACUAUAAUUAUAAAAACAUCCUUAUUGAUUUUAGUUUUUAAUUUUAUUUCUUUAGAUAAUGUUUUCAGAGUGGUAAAUUGUGUGUGAGCAUUACAAAUGAUGAUUCUUUUAGUGGUUUCUUAGCCUCUCUUACAGCCCAUGGGGAUAGUACUGUACAUCAAUACCUUCAUAUGAAAUUUUUAUAUGCAAUGAAAAUAAAAGCAUGGGUUGAUUCUGCUUA